GAUGCAGCGCACAUUCAUUUGACCUUUUUCUUUUAUACCUCUCCCUUUUCCACGUACCCUCUGUGGUGUGUUUGUGCACCCUCUAUAUUGAAGUGACGGUGAGUACAGCGGUGUUGUUGGGGUGUCUCGGCAUUAGAACCUUCCCGGUGUGUGUGUGCCUUGUAUUACUAUCUAUUUAUCUUAGACAUCACAAGGAGUGCGACAGAGAUACCUGUUGGAGAAGGGGAGGAACAAAAGGGCAGCGGUUAUUCCCUCUUCUGCUGCGAUGAACGACAUUAAAUUCCCUGCGUGGGUGACCGACAGUCCCACGCUGGCGAUGGCGUCGGUGCUGUCGCGGCUCCUCAUCGAGGAAAGCACCGACAACGCGAGCCCAUCAACAGCAGCAACAGCAGCCGUGGACGGUGGGCGUGGACAGGAGAGGUCAGGAAACGCAGGCCCUGACACCCGUGGCGACGCCUUCUCACACGAGGCGAACGAGUACGACGACGGCGACGGAGGCGGCUCAUCUUCCACCAGCAGACAAAGCGGUUACGAGGACGUGCUGGGGGCGAAAACAACGAAGGGCACCAACGAUGGCAGCGGUGUGGCGGACUCGGGUUAUCUGCGCAUGGUGGACCGACUCAUGGACCUCAACUCGAAGGCCCUCGACUCCCUCCAGCCCUCCUCGACCACUGGCUCCCGCACUGCUCUGGUGCGGACUACGAUUCCCGCGCCGACGCCGUACCCGCAGGCCCGGUCGCAGGCAGCCUCUCCACUGAUCGUCGCCGUCGGCAGCGCCUUUGCGCGCCGUAGCAACUCGUACAACUUCGGCGGUGAAAAAAGCAGCACCGCCAGCGCUGAUAUUCUGCACGACGCGCGGGUCCGCACCCUGCUCCGUCUGUCUCGUCUCAAAGACGUCCUCACCUCGUCCGCAGCGACGCAGCCGGUCAUCUCGCAGCGCACGGCAGCGGCGAUGAUUUCCUUCUUCGGCUUUGCGGUGUCGUGCCGCGCCGGCGGCAUCCCGGCAGCCCGCACGAAAGGGUUCUUCACCGAGUGCAGUUCCCUCUACACCACGCUCUUCAGCAAACUGCGCACCCUGCGCUUCGCGUGUGGCGUGAACGUGGAGGACUUCACCGCGUCGCUCGUCGCCUGCGGGUUGAAGCUGCGCGAUGACGACGACGACGAGAGCGAUGAGGCGCGGUCCUCAUGUGUAAAUGAAGGCAACACGUCUCUGCCGGUGCCACCCUGCGCACGUAGCGCCGCGAGCACGCCGGCAGGGGCAGCCAACAACGGCAACCUUCGCCCCUCGCUGCUCGCCGCAGCCGCCGCCUCGGCGACCAACGGACGUGAGAGAAACAUGGGCCUUGCCGGCUUCGGCUACCGCGCCCUCGACGCCAUCUUUGUGAGCAACAUCCCUUCCGAAAUCGACGCCUGUGUGGGGGACACGGUGGCGCUCGGCGUUAUCCGCGGCGUCGCCCUCACCUACUCGCAGCAGCUCUUCUACCUGGGCCCCGAUUUAGUAAAUCACAUGCACGAUCUCACCGACGCCUUCGCCACGUCGACGCACCGGCGGGAGCUGCCCUUCAAGCGCGUCCUUUCCAUUCUCUUGGAGGCCAUCAGCUGCUCCCGCGUGAUCGACUACGAGCGCACGAACAACUGGAUCACGGCCAUUAUACAGGAGACCUAUGUUGUUCGCGGUCUGUUUCAGCGCGAUGUGCUGCACGCCCAUGUUGUAUCGGCGACGCUGACGUUGCUGAUUCGGCAGUACCAGGAGAUGGCAAAGGAGUGUGCCGCGAAGGUGGUGGACCUUGGCGCCAUGCCAGACUUCACGGAGGGUGAUCAGCUCAUGGAGCUGGUGUGGAAGGCCUUGCACGACAUCAUCGGCUCCUGGGAGGACGCCGUCGCCACCGCGGAAAGGCGGCCGCUGACGCUAUUUCGCCACAACGUUGAGAUCGUCGUGCAGCACCUCUUGCGCACAGAGGUGGAGCGGCUGCGGUGCUACUACGUCAUCACGAGCGCGACGACCGCCUAUCAGGAGUCGCUGAUCGCGCCGCUGUCGCAGUCCACGUCGCAGCAGCCGUGCCGCACGCCGGAGUCGGUCGACAUUCCGCUAGCGGCCGCUACGCAGAGUCCUGCGCCACCCGCAAUGGCCCCCACGAACAACAAAAGUAAAGCCGCCCGCUCCACGGCCGCCGCGUACAUCCCGUCUGAAGAAGAGGAGGCGCUACGCCUUCUCAUCUGCAGCAACAUCGUCAAGCUCCUGCUGCUGCCGACCAGCAUCAUGAACGCGCUGCCGCCCAGCAUGGAGGCGAGUCAGCUGCGGUGGUCUCUUACCGCCGCCGCGGCCCGUGUGUUGAGUGUCGUGACGGCGAUCGAGUUCAACAGCAGCAACACAGGGAAGCUUCCGUCCAGCCUGCCGCCCAGCGCCUUCCACCCACACAGCCCGGUCGGCGCGCUGCGUGUGGCGGCGCCGGCAGCGGACGAGGCCGCGGCGGACGCCCUCACGGCUACCCGCCAGCGUGCCCACUUCUCGAACAACUUCUACCGCCGCAUUGAGCUAGUUCUGCAUGAGUUGAUCCAAACGGUAUUGCAGCAGCCGGAUGACGCUGCAGCAGCGGAAGCGGUGCCCUCUGCCUCUGCGCCCGCCUCCCCUGCCGGCACGAAGCCCACCAGUCCACGUUCGCAGGUAGCAGCGCCGGCCCACACGGCGGUGGGCGACGCGAUGAUGCGUGGCGUGGUGGCGGCGACGUGCAUGCAGCACAUGUGCUCCACGAACCACCACCUUCGCACCUUCGCCGUGUCGGAGGUGAUGGACGCCAUCGUGCGCAUCUCCGCCCGCCGCGGCCUCGACAACUCCGUCGGCAGCCUCACCAACAAAGCCCUCGGUCGGAGCAACACGACCAGCACGUUUCACGCAGACCCAAACGCCAAUGCAGGCGAGGCGGCAGCUGCCACACUGAGCAGCGUACCUGAGGACCUCGAGGAGGCGCGUAGGCACGCCGAGCAGCGACGGGCCCGUCGCUUAGCGCUCUGCUUUGACGCGAUGUCCUCCAUCAUGGUGCCCACAGCGUCCUACGUGGAAGGUGCCUACGCCGAGGAGACGCAGGAGGCGUUGGAGAGGCUGCUGCACCCGGUCCAAGACGGCAGCGGCGAGGCGGAAGAGGCCGGCCACGAGAGCAAGAACGCGAAUGUGAGCCUCUACGCCGUGUCCAAGCGGGAGGAGCUCUCUCGCUACGGUCAGCUGCUAUGCGACACCUACGUCGACUCGCUGCGGGAACACCUCUGGCGCGUCGCGGAGAGCAACUCGGUGAAGCGCAAGGUGCCGACGCCGGUCAUGUCCGUGGCGGCCAAGGCUUUCAUGAAUUUGGUGCUGCGCGUGCACGAGCGACUGUUCGGCAUGUCGCGCGUGGCCUUCAACCUCUCGCAGGAGGCCGAGGCGGUGGAUAGCGUGAGUGGCGGCAGUGCCACCGCCGCCGCCGCUGCCUCCGAGAGCUUUGCGAAGGAGCGGACACGGCUGCUGAGGGCGUUUAACGCGGAGAGCGUGAGCGUCAUGUUGCUGCUGCGGGGUGCGAUUCAGUCCAUGCUGUCCGUGGCCUGGCCGUCGUCGGGGGUGCUCUAUCAAAACCCGCUGGACGGCAGCCGGCGGCCCCUCGACAGCACGACGACGCCGGCCGCCGUGGCCCCUUCUGCUUUUACCGCCAUCACGCCGUUUCUACGUCCCCUCGCCUUGCUCCUGCACCUCUCCACGCUCUUUCCAGCGCUGUCGCUGCAGCAGCUCUGCACGCACUAUCACUACUCCCGCUACCUCACCGCCGAGGACCCCAGCACGACGGAUCAGUACGUCUUCCACUACUACCGGCGCCUCUCCCGUUCGAGUGUCGCGACGGGCGACGCGAACGUGGGCACCGCGGAGGAGCGGACGGAGCACGAGUGCCGAACCAUCUUCCGCUCGUGCUGGAUGAUGUUCUCCCACUACAAGUUCACCGCCGAGGCGUUGAUGGCCGCGCAGAGCGGAGCCGGCGGUCCGAGGGGCGCCGCCGCCGCCGCGGGACUCAGCGCCGUCCUUGGCCGCUCACCGAUCCUGUCCACCGGACAGUGCAAACUUUUUCGCCUCAUCGCCGCCUCUGCCGCACCGCUGCUGCGCAUGUGCUCCUCGGACAUUCAGCAAUCUAUGGCAGACAUCGCCGUCCUCAUGCGCUACAGCGCGGCCGUCGAGCGCACGCACGCCGACGUGGCCGCCGACGUCUCUGCCACCUCCGGCACCGCCCACCACAACUUGCGCAAGGCACUGCGGCAACAGUUCGGCGGCUCCGCGGACCACUGGAGUCGCCUCACAACCGGGGAGUUGGUGCUGAUGCAGUCCAUCGCCGAGCUCGAGAUUCUCCGCGCGGCGGCGGGCUCGGUGGCGCAGCUAACGCUCUACCGCCACUUUGAGGUGCGCGAGUUCGUGGCAAGUCCGACCAUGCCGCGUGCGCUGACAGCCAUCAUCGAAACCGCGUGUGAGCAGUACGUCCGCGCGGUAGGUGCGAUGCUGCCGUCGGUAGCCUACCAAGUCGUCCGCACCGAUCUCCUGCAGCUGGUCUUUCUCCUCAGCUUCGCCAUUGCCUCAGUGCGGGAGUCGGCGAGCAAGUUAGCCGUCCGCAUCGUGGAGUGCUUCCCCGGCUACGCGGCGCACGCCAGCGCGCUCCCGCUGCUGUGGUGUGUGCUGGACCUGCUCGACAGCGGCACCGCAGCACAAAUCGAAGCGUUUUGCAACUACGUGAGCUUUGCGGAGGUCCCGUCAGUCGCCGCGGACCCGCACAGCGCCGACCGGCAGCAGCAAAUCGUCUUUGUGUCAAGCGUGGCCGAGACGUGGGCGAGUCUCACGCAGACGAAGGCCCCGCAGGCGCUCUUUGACACAGCCGUGAAGUUCAUGGUCAUUCAGCAGCAGGAGUGUGGCGAGGGUGCGGCAGCGCAGGCGGGCGGGCGGCAGGCUGGAUCGCGUCUUGCCGUGCUCGCCUCUCAACAGCAGCAGCAGCAGCAGGCCUUAACCCGCCGCGAUGCACAGAGCAACAGCAGCAGCAACAACACCGACGGCACGGCGCAACCGGGAGCGGCCAUCGACACGACGGCCGUUGUCCGCGGCGCGCGUGCGGCCGGGCGCGUGGUGACGCCAAACUACGCCCAAAGCUUGCUGCUGCACGGCCGCGCACAAGGAACGCUGCAGGCGGCGGGGUGGUAUGCCUCCGUGAGGCAGGUGGAGGACACCGUCACGGCGCAGCUGCAGCUCGCGACACGGCUCAGCCGGCGUGCGCUGGUCGCCGCCUUGACGCAGCGGCUUCAAUCCGCGCUGCUCCGCCCCGCUCGCGCGCUCUUCGCGGAGGGCGGCUACGCAGUGAGCACCGUCCUGGGCGUCGACGGCGGCGCCGCGGCAGCGAAGGAGAACGACGAAGGAACGGUGGCGGAGGUGCGCGUGGCGCGUGGGUCCCCCGACGCCGCGGCGAUGGAGCGCGCGGCGACGGCCAAGAGCUUUGCGCCAGCCGUGGCGCUGCUCGUCCUUGGCAACGGCACGCCCAGCGGACGGCGGCGGCUCAUUCAGUACCUCGUUCAAGGCCCGGUGCAGACUUUCCGCUCCGACGUGCUGUAUGAUGCCAUCCUGUGCUGGAAGUGGCUGCUCUCGCAGGACCGCGAGGCCUAUCUGCUGCCCAUAUUACAGGAGGUGGACACCGCGCUGGAGUGGACGGCGGCGAACCGACUCGGUCUCUUCGACGGCUACCGCGCCUCCAAGAACAAACAAGUGCAAACCGGCGAAGUUCCACUGAACAGCGGCGGUAACCGCAGUAACGACGGUGGUGGUCUCGCCGACGCAGACCGAGAUGGCGUGUACACGGACACCGAAGUCGGCGCCUCGCCGCACAAGCUGCUCCUCUCCUUCCUCGCUGACAUGUACGUGUCGGAGGGCAACCCGCUCUGCUUGAGCGUAGAGGUGCUGCGUCAGCUGUACUCAGUCGCCGCGCACAUGAUGCAGUUCUCGACGAUCCUUUCCUUGCGUGACGAGAUGUUUGGUGAGGUGAUGCGGUGCAUGUUGGUGGUUGGCAGUAUCGCGCGCACGCUGCGGGAGGCGAACAUGCGACGCCUGCGCUCUGGCCUGGUCACCGUUGUCCCCUUCUCCGCCAUUGGCGCACUGCGGCAGCGCUGGUACAAGGCGCUGCUGCGCUGGUUCAGCAAGACGCCGCCGAGUUGGUACUACGCGAAGGACUUGGUGCUGGCGACGGAGGAGUCGAUGGUCGUGCGCUCCCUCGCGCAGCUCCUCCGAGAGGAGGACGGCCUGCUCGCCCGCACCACGCUCGGCUUCCUGGACUUCAGCAGCGGCAUCCACAGCGAAAAGGGCACCCCCGUGAUCCAUCGAUGGGAGUCGCUGAGUGUCGUGCGGGAAGGUGUCGCGGCGGUGCGGCAGGCGCCAGAGGGCGGGGAGACGGGUCUGCGCAAGAUCAUCGCGAAGGAGCAAGCGCGGCUAAAGAGCUUGCUGGAGCUGCUGCUUGUCCUCGUGAACCACGAGAUACUCCGCCUCGACGUCUGGCGCUCGCCGCGGCGCACGCUGAAGCUCGUCGACACGACCCCCGUCACGGGUUGGGACAAGCUCGUCGAGUGCGCUGACCACCACAACCCCGCCGUGGUGGUCGCCAUGACGCUUCGCUUCGCCAGCAUCGAGGCGGUGCGUAUGGCGGCCUCGCAGUUCGUGGUGGCGAGCCCUGAGCGCUACUCCAACGUUUCGGAGGCGGCGGACCUGUACUUGACCGAGGAGGUGCUGGCCGCGGGUGCGCCACGGCUCUUCUUAUUCCGCCACUGCACCAUCAUCCAGUCCCUCCGCCUCCUCGACCCCCGCUACGCAAAGCACAAGAACGUGGCGAGCUACGCUAUACGCAGCCUGCUCUACCAGCGCAGCGAGGAGCUCAUCUUUUACCUGCCGCAGAUGCUGCAGCUGCUGGCCAUCGACAAGAGCGGCGGCAUCCAGUCCUUCCUUAUGCGCAUGUGCGCCAAGAGCACGAUGUUCGCGCAUCAGCUGCUGUGGUCCCUGCAGACCGAAGGUCAGGGCAACGGUGUGCUGGCCAAAAAGUGCCAGUCGCUGGAGAAGCAGGUGAAGGAGGCCUUCACGCCGGCGCAGAUGGACUUCUACAGGGCAGAGUUUGACUUCGUCGGCCUCGUCACGUCGCUCUCCGGGGAGUUGAUGAAGUUCGAGAAGCCACAACGAAAGUCAAACCUGCGGCAGCGGCUGAAAGACGACCACUUCAACGCCCCACCGGCCACGCAGCACCUGUACCUGCCAACCGACCCGGAGUACCGCAUUACCGGCGUCAUCCCCCACACGGCGGGCGCCAUGCAGAGUGCGGCGAAGUGUCCGAUUUUGGUUCAGUUCACGUGUGUGAAGCGCGCGCUGGAGGACGUGCGUACGCCGGCGGAGCUGGCGGAGGCGGCGCAGGAAGAGGCGGCGAGGACCGGCGCCCACCCAGCACCGCCGACGCCCGUCGUGAAGGCGUGCAUUUUCAAGAUGGGUGACGACUGCCGGCAGGAUCAGAUCUCCCUGCAGCUCAUCGGCCUUAUGCAGCGCAUCCUGUGCUCCGUCGGCGUGCCGUCGUACCUGUACCCCUACCGUGUCGUCACCACUGGCCAGGACAGCGGCAUCAUCGAAUGUGUGCCGCACUCCAUGAGCCGCAACGAAAUCGGCAAGUUGGUCGAGUCGAACCUCGCCGAGUUCUUUGUGCAGACCUUCGGCCACCCCGAGGCCGUCAGCUUCCGCAGUGCGCGGGAGAACUUCGUGAAAAGCACCGCCGCCUACUCGGUUGUCUCGUUUAUCUUGAAUAUCAAGGACCGGCACAACGGCAACAUCAUGAUCGACAACACGGGCAACCUCGUGCACAUCGACUUCGGCUUCCUCUUCGACACGUCUCCCGGUGGUGACAUCAACUUCGAGUCGUCGCCCUUCAAGCUGACGACGGAGAUGGUACAGCUGAUUGGCAUGGACGUCGGUGGCGCCUCCACGCUGCACAGCAAGUCGCUCGCCCGCGCGCUUGUCGACGAGGAGAACUACAUCUACUUUAAAACACUGGUCAACCGCUGCUACCUCGCGGUGCGGCAGUACGCGCGGGAGAUCUGCAUUUUGGUGGAACUGAUGCUGCAUAGUGGGUUGCCGUGCUUCAAGCCGAAGAAGACGAUCCGCAACUUGGCAGAGCGCCUGGCCAUCGACAAGAACGAAGUCGAGGCCGCCGCCUUUAUGCGCCGUCGCAUCCACGAAGCGCGCCAGAAUUAUCGCACGGUGUUGUACGAUUACUACCAAAAGGUUGCCGAGGGCAUCGAGAUGUGA